AGCCCGGGGCGGAGCCGGGCCGGGCCGGUGGCGGAUCCGCCGCGAGUCCCGUGAGGUACAGGCGAGGGGAUGGGGACGCACAGCAUCGUUCUGACCGGACCUGGGCCAUGGGGGUUCCGUCUGGUGGGCGGACGGGACUUCGAGCAGCCCCUCGCCAUCUCUCGGGUGACUCCAGGCAGCAAAGCUGCCCUGGCCAACUUGUGCACAGGGGACCAGAUCAUUGCCAUCGAUGGGGUGAACACAGAGAACAUGACACACCUGGAGGCACAGAACAAAAUCAAGGGCUGUGCAGAUGAACUCACCCUGACUGUCAGCAGAACGGAGUCAAAAGUUUGGUCACCACUUGUAACUGAGGAGGGAAAGGCACAUCCUUACAAGAUGAACCUGGCCUCUCAGCCCCAGGAGAUGAGGCCCGUGGGGAGCGCACACAACCGCAGCGCAGUGCCCUUCAGUGCUGCCCCCAGGGUGAUCACUGCUCAGUACAACAGCCCAGCAGGACUCUACUCCUCAGAGAACAUCCAGACCUUCAACAACGCAGUGGAGUCCAAGACAUCAUCACCUGGAGCCACAGAGCCUUGCUCAGAGCAGCAGCACACCCAGCCCCUGGGCAGUGUUGCCAUAGACAGACAGUCUGAGGUGUACAAGAUGCUCCAGGAGAAUCAGGAGUCAAACGAGCCACCCAGGCAGUCUGCUUCCUUCCUCGUCUUGCAAGAGAUUCUGGAGUCGGAAGAGAAAGGUGGAGACCCCACCAAACCCUCUGGAUUUAGGAGUGUCAAAGCCCCAACCACAAAGGUGGCCUCGUCGAUUGGGAAUGCCCAGAAGCUGCCCAUGUGUGAGAAGUGUGGAUCUGGCAUUGUGGGGAUGUUUGUGAAGAUCCGGGACAAGCAGCGUCACCCCGAGUGCUACGUCUGCAGCGACUGUGGCACCAACCUGAAGCAGAAGGGACAUUUCUUCGUGGAGGAUCAAAUCUACUGCGAGAAACACGCGCGGGAGAGGGUGAUUCCUCCAGAGGGAUACGAGGUGGUCACCGUCUUCCCCAAGUAAAGCUGCUCAGCGGGCCGGGGUGGGUGGUGCCUCCUCUGCUUUUCCUGGGCAGCACCGUCCCUGACACCCUCCUGUCCCCAGCUCCAUCUUCUCCGCCAUAAGGAGUGCUGGGCCUGGCUCUGAGGGCCCAGCCUUGAGCAGUCCUCACACGAGAUGUCACUAAUUGUUCAGCAGCCUUUCUGGCUCCUAUUUCACUGGGGUUUGUGGGUUAGUUGGUUUGAUUUCUUUUUUUUUUUUCUUAAUGCACAGGAUGAUUUUUUUUUCUCCCCCUCCUACCUGCUGUCAGUCACACAGGAGGCUGGGGGGGGAGAGCAAACCAGAGGCCAGCCUCAGAUUCCAGCUCUUUAACAUCCCAGUUAUUGCCUUCUGGCUGCAUCCCCCCCGAGGGUGAAGCCACCAGCAGUGUCUGCUGGCUCCUGCUGUCCCUGUGCUCUGGCACCCUGGGUGGCAGCAGAGGGUGCCAGGCAGGUGGCUCUGGUGUCCUGGUUUCAGGAUGAUGGGGCUGGGGACAUCACUGCUUCCCACAGCACCAGGUGACACCUGGGACAUGUCCAUGGGAAACCAGGGAGUCCUGGAGGCAGGAGGGAAGGAAAGGUCUGAGUGGGCACAGUCCCCAUCCCACCCAUGCACACGGGGGCAGGGGACGAGCUGUGGGGAGGGGAUUGCUCUGCUCACACCUCUGAAUCAGCUGCAGGCUGUUCUUCUGCUGAAAAAUAAAUGGCUUCUAAGAUGG